AUGGGUAUUUUACAAACUUUGUUUAAAGCAUUUCUGGGGUUAUAUUUGGCAUCAUCUUAUAAAACAUUGCCUGGUGUAUAUUUUAUCAGGUUCUACUUUUAUGCAGUAAGACGUCUUCUUCUCCCAAUUUUCACUACAAAGAACACUGAAAAUAUGAAGCACUUGGAAAAUCAUGAAUAUGGUGCAUUUGCUCAUGCUACAUUAUACACUUAUGCGUCUCCAUUAGAAUGCGAUGUUUAUUUACAUAAGAAUAAUGCAACUUAUUUCAGUGAAUUAGACAUUAACAGAUGUGAAUUAAUGUGUUCAAUAUUUCAAAAACUAUUUUUGGAGUCAAAAAGGUGGCCAUACGUUCCAGUUGCCAAUGUCUUUACUAAUUUCUUAAAAGAUAUAAAACCAUUUGAUAAAUAUUCUGUUACAUCGAAUAUUUUAUGCUGGGAUCAGAAGUGGAUUUAUGUUAUUAGUAAGUUUAAAAAAGAUAACGACAAAACUUUAUGUUCUUUGUCAAUCACUAAAUAUGUAUUAAAAGAUGGUAGAAAGACUAUUCCUCCAAAGGAAGCUCUUGAAUUUUGUGGAUUAUAUAAUGACAAAGUUGCUAAAAUUUCAGAGGACAAUAUGAAGUUAUUAGCCACUCAAUGUGGUUUUCAUGAGACUUCUCCAUUAGAAAACCUGGAACACAAGUUCGUAGAAAUCAAAGCUUAA